AUGAUGAUGUGCCGUCUGCUGUGCGCCCUGUUGGUGCUCGCCCUGUGCUGCUGCCCGUCCGUGUGCACCUCAGAGUCUCCGGAGAAUGUUGAUGAUUCGAGGAAGACGACGAACAGGACAACACAGCUACCAACCACUGACGAGCCGGGUGACGCUGAUGGAAGCGUCAGUAGUCGUUCUUCUAAUUCAGAGUCAGGACCACGGGUGGAAGGUGAGUCAGGGUCGCCAGGCACGGGGGCCACUGCGGGAAAAUCAGAAAAUAAUGCGCCAGUUACACCAGGCUCUACCGGUCCGGAAAAGCAAUCAAAUGAAGUUUCCAGUGCAGUACAGACAAAGGGUACGAACGGUGUGACACAGCCACCAAGUCCCACGGAUCCUUCUUCAGACAAAGCAGAUCAGGGGGCCGAAGAUGCUGCCGCGACGACCACGACGACUACAACAAAGGCACCACGUACUACGACGACUACAGAGACGCCAACCACGACGACCACCCGCGCAUCGUCACGUCUGCGCGAAAUCGACGGCAGCCGCAGCAGCUCUGCGUGGGUGUGUGCCCCGCUGCUGCUCGCCGUAUCCGCGCUGGCGUACACCACUCUGAGCUGA